AUUGACCAUCCGGCCCAUACACCAUGUCCUUUACGUUUACUGUCAUGACGAUGCUCCUGUGCUCUUCAAUGGUGUUUGCAUUUGUCUUGCUGCCAUCCGAGGAAGUUUCUGCUGCCCCUGCGAACUCUCCUGUCUCGCAGCACAGAUGCUCGGGGGGGUCAUUGCAGUCAAUCAGACAGAGUCUCCUCGAGGGCCUCAACUUGCAGGCUGAGCCACAGCUGCCUGCUGGUGGGCUGGACGGUAUCGGAGAGAAAUGGAGGACCACCUUCGGCUCUAUUGCUCACAGAGUGAAGGACAAUGGUGUUCCAGUGGCCUCUGGCAACUCCGUGUCCCCUGAUGGUGGAAACAGUACAGACCUGAAGUGCUGUUCCAUGGCCUCUGAGAUCUUCAUGAAAGAUCUGGGCUGGGAAAACUGGAUUAUCCAUCCUGCCAGCCUGACCAUCGUCAAGUGUGCACUCUGCAACCCCGCAGGGCACCCUGUGCAAUGUCCACCAUCCCAAACCACUCAGGUGCCAUGUUGUCAGCCCACCUCCCUCCAAAUGGUGCCUGUUCUCUAUGUGGAUGAGUUCAGCACCCUCGUCAUCUCCUCCGUGCAGCUGGCCAGCAGCUGCGGGUGUGGGCCUAGUAACCUCCAGCAGCCAGGCACAAAGUAAAGUUUGUUUUAUAGUCUUGUGUAUGUGAACCACCUGGUGCACACAGACACACAAAAUACAGAAAACUUAGUGAUACAUUAUAUGCAGGCCUAUCUUCUCUCUAUAGACUUAUCUUAGAUCCUUUCAGUGUGUAUUCAGCACCGAGUGUGGGAACCAAAGCAAAGUCUCUCUCAGUUUUGCAUUCCUGUUUCUCCUUUCAAACAAGAAUGUGCCAGCACAAAUCUGAUCAUUUUUUUAUUUUAGAGGUUAACUGCCAAUGAUUAUUAUGAUGAUGAUAAUAAUGAUACUGCAGACCCAUCAAAAAUGCAUUUCUGUAGAUAAGCCCAACUAUUUCUCUUGCGCCAAGAGCUGCAGAGAGCUGGAGGCGAAACACUGCCAGCUAAUCUUUAAAUACAUCUCAUGGGUGAAGAGCACUAUUUAAAGCUGCUAACUAUUACAGAGUGUUCCUAACAAAAAUGUGAGACUGUACAGAGCCAAAUCCUUACUCAUACCAGUUGUUUCCCCCCAUCUGUGAACGACUCCUUUCUUGGGCAAUUUAAUUCAAAAGGCAUAUAAAAAUAAUAAUAAUAUACAUAUAUAUGACAACAAUUCACAAUCACAUUUCAUAUCAAUUUUUCCUGAGUAGGGACAUCUUCUGUAUGGUGCUUUCUUUUAGCCCUUUCAACUUGCAGAAAGCAACAAUGCCCCAUUGCAACCACCAAAAAACAUUCACUUUUGGAAUGAAUCAUAAUUAGGUAUAAAAAUGACAUUAAAAAAAAAUCAAACAAUUUUUUCUUGACAUAACCUUCUUUGAGAUAUGCCAUUAGAUCAUAGUUUUGACCCAAAGCAGUUUUUCCCUUCUUUUUUUCAUAAAUGAACCCAAAGAAUGUUGUUUGAUUUAAAUAAAUGUCCUCUUAUAUACAUUUUUUACAGCAGAGUUCUUGUUUUCCCUCAUAUGCCUGUAACUUGCUAUAGUUCUCAGUUUAUCAUUUUGUUAAGCUUUUGUCUACUGCUGACUUUACAAAAUUACCUCACCAUGUACUUUAUUUUAUUUUUCAACUAUUACUUAUUAUAUUGACAUAGCACCAUAACUUGUAUUUAGAUCUCGUACAAAAUAUUGUAUUUUGCUAAUGAAACUGCUAUAGCAUGCUAAUCAUUUGUACCAAU